AUGGUUCAAUUCUCUGAAGAGACCAAGGAGCGAGUUUCCAAGGUCAUUGAUAUUUCUCGCGUUGCGAUUCACUACGGCUACCUGCCUCUUAUUAUCUACCUGGGCUACUCUUACAGUGAACCCAAGCCAUCUCUCUUCAAGUUGUUCUCGCCCUUGGCUUAA